AUGACCCGAAACGCAAAAACUAUCGAAGAGAAGGCGAAACAGCUCCGCCUUGAAGCGUUGCGGUAUUGUGAAACGGCGGACCGCAACCUUAAACUCGCAUUGCUGGAGGCGGAGCAACGUAUAAAACAGGCAAAACAGGAGUUCAUGAAACGUGAGCAAGAGGUCACAAACCUAUCGAAGAAUUUUGCUAUGGGAAGGGUCGCCAAAAUUGUAGAAUUUACAAAACGCAUGGUCGACCAAAAACCAGUUGAUUUGCACGAGUUGAAGCCGGGAGAGGUGGAAGCACUGCAUAAAUACUUCGUACCAUAUAUCCAACAACUCAAGGUUGUAGAAUUACGACAAAAAGAAUUCGACCUUGUUAAAGAAAAAAUCGAGGUCAACGCCAAGGUGUAUAUGUUAUACAAACAGGAGGCCGAAACAGCAGACGACUCAUAG